GUUGGGUUUCAUUUUUUCCCGGGUUGAGGAGGAAGGAGGAGCUCAGCUGCAGUAGCAGCCUUUGUGCCCUCUUUCAUGGAGAAGGUCUUGUGCUCAGCACACGGGCAUCCCUGUGUUUUGAAGACAGGUAUCCGGGAUGGGCCAAGCAAAGACAAGAGCUUUUACAUGUGUGGAGUCCAAGGCCAGCAACCAUGUGGAUUUGUGCUCCCUACAGAGCUUUGCCCUUCUCAUUGCUUGGUACAUGAACAAUAUAUAGUGGACCUGCAAGUUUUGAUGAAGGAACAGGAGAAAGAUGCAUACAGGUUGUUCUAUCGAUGCAUUAAAGCUAAACUGGAAGGGAAGAGAUGGUGUGGAAGUGUUCCAUGGCAGGAUUCAAAAUGUAAGACUGUCCCAAUCAAACCACCAUCUCAACAAAUGGUAGAAUUGAUCUAUGAUCACAGAAAUCAAAGAAAUCCAUUUAAAGUACCAAACAAGAACCAUGAGCCAUCAUCUGUCAAAGAGAUGAAUGACAGAGGGGACAAAAAUUCAAUUAAAAAUGAACAUGAGAAAAAAGAGGUUGUAGAGUUUGGUGAAAAGGCUUGUCAGAAAUUAUCACCUGAAUCUAACAGGAAAGAGCUUCCAACAGAUGUGAAGAUCAAGAACUCACAGUUUGGAGAAAAGAGUGGAAAUUCAUGCAGGAGAGAUAUAGAAAAUCAAACAAAAUCAAGUGAGUCUGUGACUGGAAUGGAGAAAGCAAUAUCUUUGAAGGGACACAAAUCUUAUCUGAGCAGAAAGUCUGAAAUGCCCCCUGGUUACACCAGACAUGAUGUGAGAUCUGCUGAAGAUAAUGUACAGAAGGAAAAAAGAUUGGAGCAAUCAUUACCAGGCUUCAGUAGCCAAAAACCCAGUGGAAGGCCCAUGAAUGAGCAGCAGCAUGGCAAGGGGGUUCCAGAAACCUGCAAAGACAAAAGUAUAACAAUGAAAGCAAGUGGCAGUUGUGAAGCUGAAGAGAAGAUAGUAAUGCCUAGCGACCUUGUAACUGUUCAGCAAUUACCAGGCUUCAUUGCUGGAGCACAUUGUAAAGGAAACUCAGAGAGAUCAUCAGUGCUAUUACAAAAGGGAAUCAUUCUGGCAGAGAAAAACUGUACCAGUAAAAAUGUUAACAGUAGUAAAUGUGACAUAUUUGUGCCCUCCAAGUUACCUGUUCUGCAAGGAUUUGAUUUGCAGCAAGGAAAGGAUGGCAAUCAAACCAACUCAUCUUCCGUAUUGCCAGAACAGAACUCUUUGCAAAAGGCAGAAAAUGUGGAUUCUAAAGUUCUUCACCAGCAACUUUCAGCUGAGCUGAAACAGAAAAAGAAAACAUUGAAAUUGGUGAAUGUGCAGGCACUGCCAGAUAAAGGUGAGCGAUUAUUAAAGCAAGUGGAGGAGCUGGAAUCUGCACUUAGCUCUCUUAAGUUGGAGGCAGAAGAAAGUGUGAAGAGUGGAGAGGUGAACCAUAUCCAGCAGGAAGAGACGGAGCCCAAUCCCAUUGAGCCACAAAAUACUGUGAUGAGAGGAGGGCCAGAACCAUUCCAGAAGCAGCAUGCAGUCAAUUCCUUAGAGCUCCAUCUUCCUUUGGGAUCUAGUCAUCACUGUAGUAACACUACAGAGGAUUCCCAUAUGCAGGCCCUUUAUGGAGGGCAAAUGACUGAAGAACGUCUUCAGGCUGUGUAUAAUGCCACAAGUGAUGCAAUUAACCAGCUUCAUAAAUCUCUCGAGUCCUGCCCCACAGAGAAGGAAGUGGUUGAGGAUCCAUUUGGGUUGAGGGUGUCCCUGCUGCUACAUCAAAAGCAGGCACUUGGAUGGCUCCUGUGGCGGGAAAAUCAGAAACCUUGUGGUGGGAUAUUGGCGGAUGAUAUGGGCUUGGGGAAGACCUUAACAAUGAUUGCUCUUGUCUUGGCCCAGAAGUCUAAACAGAGAGAAGAGGAGAAAGUGAAAGAGAAGAAACUAGAACUGUGGAUGUCAAGACAAGAUUCCUGUGUUAUCAAUUCUCAUUCCACUCUGAUUGUCUGCCCUGCGUCUCUAAUUCAUCACUGGAAAAACGAGAUUGAAAGACAUGUGAGAAGCGGCAAUCUGAAAGUCUGUUUGUACCAUGGACCCAACCGAAUUAAGAAUACUACUUCCCUUUCUCAGUAUGACAUUGUUGUCACUACUUAUAGUAUUCUAGCCAAGGAAAUUCCUGCACAGAAAGAAGAAGCACAGACUGCUGCUGAAGACCUUAAAGUAGAGGAUAAAUCAUUUCCUUUCUCGCCUUUGCCUUGGAUACACUGGGCUCGAAUUAUUCUGGAUGAGGCUCACAACAUUAAAAACCCCAAAGUGCAGGCCUCAAUGGCUGCCUGUAAACUGAGAGCAACAGCCAGAUGGGCCAUUACUGGGACGCCAAUUCAGAAUAACCUCUUGGAUAUGUACUCUUUGCUGAGAUUCCUUCGUUGCUUUCCUUUUGAUGAAUUCAAGGUGUGGAAGAAUCAGGUGGAUAAUAAUACAAGAAAAGGAGGAGAGAGAUUAGCUAUUUUAACUAGGAGUCUAUUAUUACGAAGAACUAAGGAUCAGCUGGACUCAUCUGGCAAGCCUUUGGUGUUACUGCCUCAGCGUCUCACUCGCCUGCACAGAUUAAAACUCUCCAAAGAUGAACAGUCGGUGUAUGAUGUUCUGUUUGCAAGAUCAAGAUCAACGCUGCAGUCCUACCUCAGACGACAGGACACUAAGUCUGCAGGGUCCAGUGAGGGUAACCCAUUUGAUAAAGGACUACCACAGUUCAGGCUGAAUCAACAGGACUCUCUGGGAAAGACCUGCAAAGAUAAUCCCCCCAUCUCCACUACCAUUCACAUCUUGUCCCUGUUGCUCAGGCUCCGUCAGUGCUGCUGCCAUCUUUCUUUGCUGAAAGUGGCUCUAGAUCAGGCGAACCUGACCAGUGAAGGUAUCUCUCUUACACUAGAGGAGCAGCUUAAUGCUUUGACCUUGUCUGAACCAGACAGCAGUGACCCCCACUCUAUGGUGUACCUCCUGGGUGCAGCUUUCAGCGUGGACCUCUUUGAAAGUAUCAGGCAGAGCACUAAACUCUCACAUCUCUUGCAAGAGUUGAAGUCUAUUCAAGCUCAUUCUCAGAAAAGUGUCAUUGUGUCUCAGUGGACUAGUAUGUUGAAGGUUGUAGCAGUGCACCUUGAAAAAUUUGGGCUGAAAUAUGCCACAGUGGAUGGCUCUGUGAAUCCCAAACAGAGGAUGGAUGUAGUUGAGGAAUUCAACAAUAAUCCCAAAGGUCCUGAGGUCAUGUUGAUUUCACUCUUGGCUGGAGGUGUUGGCCUGAAUCUGGUUGGAGGAAACCAUCUCUUUCUUCUUGAUAUGCAUUGGAAUCCAGCAUUAGAAGACCAAGCCUGUGACCGCAUUUACCGUGUGGGGCAGAAAAAUGAUGUCACAAUCCACAGGUUUAUCUGUGAAGGAACAGUAGAAGAAAAGAUUUCAGAGCUGCAAGCUAAGAAAAGAGAGCUGGCCCAGAAAGUACUGUCUGGAAAAGGUGACGCCUUCACAAAGCUCACCCUGGCAGAUCUCCGACUCCUGUUCGGCAUUUAAACAUUGUUUCCUGUUGCCGUUGUCACUCUUCUGCCUUUUUACAUUUAAACAUUUGUCAUUGUAUAUAUUUAAAAUAAAGUGACUAUUACAGUCCUGUUA